AUGGCUGGGCCGGGCGCCGCGGAGCCCCCGCCGGACCUCUACCGGGACACCUGGGUGCGCUACUUGGGCUACGCAAACGAGGUGGGAGAGUCCUUCAGGGCUUUGGUGCCCGUCUCCGUGGUCUGGGCCAGUUACGGUGUGGCAACUGCCUACGUGACAGCAGAUGCGGUUGACAAGGGUAAAAAAGCCGCAGCAGCUGCGACACCUCAGGAGGAAGGGAGAACCACGCAGGCAGCCGUGGCUGUGGUGGACACGUUCAUCUGGCAAGCCUUGGCCUCGGUGGCCAUCCCUGGAUUCACCAUCAACCGCAUCUGCGCUGGGUCCCUCUACCUCAUGGGCCGCUUGACCCACUGGCCCCUCCCUGCUAGGAAAUGGACGACGACGGCCAUCGGGCUUACGGCCAUCCCUUUCAUCAUCAAACCUAUUGACAGGUCCGUGGAUUUCUUAAUGGAUUCCAGCCUUCGCAAACUUUACAAAAGUGAGAAGAAGCCGCCUCCAUCUUGAGAUGGCCGGGGUUUAUAUCUAUUUGCACUACCUCUCCCUCCAUGGUCCAGGAUCCACUCUGAAAUUGGUUAAGUGUAGAUCAGGAGAACAGACCCUCACCCACGUAGCUGGGUUUUGGGGACGGAGAGAAUCAAGCAAGGGAUAAGGUUUUCCUUCAAAGUAUGUUCAGGUAUUGGGGAGCAAAUGAAGAGCAGGGCAUUUAUUUAAGCUGGGUCUUCAGAUCUUGUUUCAAGAAACGGGUCUUAUUUAAUAAAAAUAAGGUACAGUUCUGAAAACAAGCUUGGAUCUUAGAGCAGCUGUCCCCACGUGCUUAUUAUUAUUUUUUAAAGUUUUUACUUUUCUUAAUGGAAGCCAUCCAAAUUUACCUGGAGUUGGGUGAACCUUUACAUUGUAUUAAAUAAGUAUAUAGUAGCAAGGAUUAGCAAGAAAAUCAGCACACCCUUUUCUCCUACACUGUGAAGCCCGCUGAUGAAUUGUACUAGAUAAUUUAGCUAAUGAUUAAUUGCACUGAAAUUUGGCCAUAAAUGGCAAAUUCUCACCAACCUGUCCUGGGUGACGGGCUCAGUGUAGUUCUUUCUCCUUUUGCUAUCUUAAAAAUAAACGGAA